AUGCAGUUUGCUAAAGUAUUCAUCCCAGCCGCCGCUUUGCUUGGUUUCGUGCAAGCCCAGGGCAACACCACCACGCACACCUCGCACAACGCAGCCGCCAUGCCGCUGGACGGCAAGCACGUCGGUGCCAACGCAGGCGCGGCAGGCGCGCUCGUCGCAGGUGCUCUAGCGUUUCUGCUGUGA